AUGUACCACCGCCGCCGGCGCGCCCACUCCACUCCAACGGAGCCCUCCGCAUCCGCCCUAAUCGCUGCGUCCACCGUCUACAACCCCUGCACCCCCCCCCAACCACCGACGCUCGCCGCCGCCGCCGCCGGUGCAGCGCUCCGCCAUGCCGCGCCCUCGCCAACGCCAAUUGGCAGCAUCCCAACCAAGCGCAUGCUGAAGCGACGCGACAGCUACUCCUCCGCCAGCGACAGCAGGCCCGGAGUGCAACGGACCAACAGCACGGGCAGUCUUACAGAACGGAGGUUUCGUAAAGAGAGAGGCCCCGGAAGCGUCAGUAGCCGACGGGGGAGCAUUGACACGGGAAGCAGAAAGGCCAGCGUCGAUAUCGGGCGACGGGCAAGUACUGGCGGUAGUAGCAGCAGGUUUACCAGUAACGGGAGCUCCCCGCCGCGCCACGGCACUCCACGACCGCUAGCGAGGAAAGUUACGGCCUACCAUGAGGAAGACAGCAGCGAGGACUAUCCGGCCGAUGAUGACAGCGACCUGCCAUUGCCCAUGCCGCCGCGGUCGCCGUCGCUCUUGUCGUUCCCCUCGACGCUGCGAAAUAGCCCGAGUAACGGAAGUGCCAGCAAGCGGGUAAAGAAGCAAUUCACCCGCCCCCGCGACACAUCAUCGUCCUCUUCCGACCACGACCGCCGCCGCUACUCCCUCGACUACGCCGACUCCUCCGCCUCCCUCGAAUCCAUUGCGGAAGAUUCCGCGCUGCCGCAACCCGCACCGCACGCCCCACUACACCCAAAGAUCCUCGAAGAAUGCGAGUCCUCUUCCGACGACGGUACCCGGAGUAAAAGGACGCUCCUGUCCCUGCCGAGGCAUAACCCACCAGCACGCUCCGCCUCGCCCGCAAAAUCAUCACUAAAGCACACCUCCUCACUCUCCAAGGCCCGCGUCAGCUUCAGCGACGAAGACUCCAUCGCCAGCUUCUCGCCCUACACCCGCGCGCCGCUGCUCCUCGACGACGGCCCGCGGCACCUCCCCAUGUUCGGCAUCGGCGGCAUCACGGCGCCGUCGCCGCCGCCAAGCGACUCCAGCCAGGAGAGCAUCAUCGGCCUCGAGAGCGCGCUGCGAUAUCCGAAGGGACAGCCGCCGCUGGGCGCCGGGAGCGCGGUCAAGAAGCUACUCAGUGAGGGAUCGCGGCCGCCGCCACUGGGCGGGAGGAAGACCUCGGCGAGCGAUGACGUAAGGAGAUUGAGGGUGGGGCCGCUGACGCCGCCGGGGACUCGGUCGGGCGUUCCUGUGCCGGAGGUUAGGGUUUUGGCAGCGACACCGGGGGAGGAGCGCGAGAUGGUGAUGCCGGCGCAGGUGCUGUAUGAUAGCGAGAGCGGGAGCGACAGCGACAGCGGGGAGAGUAUAUACUCGGAUGCAUACGAGGACUUUACUAUGCCAUCAACCUCAUUCGGCGGGGCAAUGCCGGGGAUCCUCGAGAUUGCACCUCCCCCUCCACCACCGCCGCCUGUACCUGUACCAAGAUCCCCACCACCACCAACAACCGCCCCCGCCCCCGCGCCCGCACCGCCACAGCCAAAAUCCCAGCCAGACGAUCCCCCCCUCGCACCAGACUUCCUCUCCCCGCGCAACCGCCCCUCACCACCAGCACCAACAAACACACUGACCCGCACCCCCUCCGCCACAUCCUCCAUCUCCACAACAUCCACAUCCUCCUUCCGCCGCCUCACGCCCCGCGCCCGCUCCCGGCCGGCCUCGCACCUGCUCACAACGAUGCGCACACACCCGCACACCGCGCCGCCGGCGUCGCUGAAGACUUCGCUGCGUGCGGGCGGCGGCGGCGGGCAUGUGAGAACGCACUCGAGGUUCUCGACGGACUCGGAUCUGCCCGUUGUGGGUGUGGGGGCGGGGGGAGGUGUGGGGGAGGUGUAUGGGAUGGGCAGGGAGAGGGCGGGGAGUGAGGGGACGGUGAAGAGACGGAAGGGGGGGUUUUGGGGGUUCUUGAAGAGGAGUGGUGGAGGGGGGAAGUCGAGGAGGAGGAGUGUGGCGGUGGGGGGUGGGGAGAAGGAAUUUGGGGUGGGGGCGGGGAUGGGGAUGGGACCGGGGGUGGUGGAUACGAGGGGUGUGGGGACCGGAUUGGGAGGGAUGGGCGCGGGGAUGGAGGCAGGGAAGGGGAAGAGGAAGAGGUUGUGGAAGGUGAGGAGGUUGCUGGGGUUGAAGUAG